UCAUUUUGUGUUGUUUUUUGUUUUAUAUAUAUAAUAUUUUUUUUUUAGUUUUUAAAUUCCGGCUAGUGCGGCCGGGACUUAAUCGGAGACUGAAAAUUCGUCGGAAUGUGGAAGCCACGCGCCGUUGAUCACGCGCUCUCUCUGCUUCUCUUUUGCUCAUUGUUUGCUCUGGCUUCUGCUCAGGGAUCUAAAACAAACGCAUGGAAGACACUCACCGGAAGUCCACCAGUGGUCAUAGCACGUGGUGGUUUUUCGGGAGUGUUUCCUGAUUCCAGCUAUGCAGCCUAUAGUCUGGUAGGACAAACAUCCGGGAAUAAUUACAUUGCAUGGUGUGAUGUUCAACUAACAAAAGAUUCAUUUGGGAUUUGCAUUCCGGAUAUCAAACUUGAUAAUGCUACAAACAUUGCUCAAGCUUUUCAAAACAAAAGUCAAACCUACCUAGUUAACGGUGCACCAGUCCGUGGAUACUUUUCUGUGGAUUACAAUCUCAAGGAUCUUGCCAGUGUUUUUUUGGUUCAAGGAGUUUACUCCAGAACUAACGACUUUGAUGGUAAUCUGUUUUCUAUUUUAACUGUCGACGAGUUAGUUAAAGAAACAAAGCCACCGGCCCUGUGGUUGAAUAUUCAGCAUGAUGCAUUCUAUACACAGCACAAUUUGAGCAUGAGAAACUUUGUACUUACUGUUUCUAAAAGAGUUAUUGUCAGUUAUAUCUCAUCACCUGAAGCUGGUUUUCUGAGAGGUAUAGUUUCGCGCUUUAAUGCAAAGACUACAAAACUGGUCUUCAGGUUUAUGGAUAAAGAUGUUGUAGAUCCAUCGACCAAUCAGACUUAUGGUUCUUACUUAAAGAAUCUAACAUUUAUCAAGACAUUUGCUUCGGGAAUUCUUGUUCCCAAGGAUUACAUAUGGCCUGUAGACGGAAACCUUUAUCUACAACCUCAUACCUCUUUGGUUGCUGAUGCACAUAAAGCGGGGCUGGAAGUGUUUGCAUCGAAUUUUGUGAAUGAUGUUCCGUCUGCCUUUAAUUACAGUUAUGACCCUCUAGCAGAGUACCUCCAAUUCAUUGACAAUGGAGACUUCUCUGUUGAUGGUGUGUUGUCUGACUUCCCCAUAACACCAGCUGAAGCUGUAGGCUGCUUUGCUCUCCUAGGCGCCAAUGCUAAAAAGACAAUUAACACCACAGUCAUUUCAAAAUGUGGAGCAAGCGGAGAUUAUCCCGGUUGCACCAACAAGGCAUAUGAAAAGGCUAUAUCGGAUGGGGCAGAUGUCAUUGACUGUCCUGUUCAAAUGUCAAAGGAUGGAACACCGUUUUGCUUAAGCUCUGCUGAUCUUAUAGAGAGCACAACAGUCGCUCAAACACGGUUCGCUCGUCUUGCCAAGUCUAUUCCAGAGAUCAAAUCUGGCAGUGGCAUAUUUACCUUUAGCUUGACAUGGGAAGAUAUACAAACCUUGACCCCCUCAAUAUCAAGCCCUUAUUCUAAAUUCAAAUUAUUCCGGAACCCAAAAUAUGACAAGAGCAAUAUCAACUUUUUAAGUCUGUCAGAUUUCUUGGACUUGGCCAGAAACAAGACUUCCCUAUCGAGUGUCGUGAUCAUCAUUGAGAAUGCUGCCUAUCUUGCAGAGAAAGAAGAUUUGAGUGUGACUGAUGCUGUCAUGAACACUUUGAGCAAAGCUGGUUAUGAUAAAACUGGGGCCCCAAGGGUUAUGAUUCAGUCCACCAAUAGUUCUGUACUAAUGAAAUUUAAAGGGAAAACAAAUUAUGAACGUGUCUACGAAAUCGAUGAGCUAGUUGGUGAUGCUGUUGUUUCGGCAGUAAACGACAUCAAAAGCUUUGCAAAUUCUGUAGUUCUCCAGAAGAAAUCUGUGUAUCCUACCAAUUCUGAUCUCUUCCUUACUGUCUCUACGAAUAUUGUAACAACUCUCCAUCAUGCCAAUCUCUCCGUCUAUGCACAAACAUUUAGCAAUGAGUUCGUAUCUCAGGCAUGGGAUUUCUUCUCGGAUCCAACUGUGGAAAUCAAUACAUUUGUUCAGGAAGGAUUAGUUGAUGGAGUCAUCACAGAUUUCCCAAAAACAGCUGACAGAUACAGAAGAAACAAAUGCUUGACUAUGGGUGACAACAUGCCUGUUUACAUGCUACCUGUUCAAAUAGGUGGUCUUCUACAAGCUGUUACCAAAGAUUACUUGCCACCGGCUUCAGCUCCACUCCCUCCUCUGAAAGAAUCUGAAGUGAAAGAACCACCUUUGCCUUCUGCUUCCCCAUCACCAACACCAUCUGGAUCUUCUGCUGGAAACAAUUCAGCAGCUCAGUCACCGAAAAAUGCGCAGGUUAAGGUCACCAUCUCCUUCCUUUUGUCCCCUUUGGCUGUGCUUGUAGCUUGUCUUCUGCUUUGAGGUUUGAGCAACUUCCCACGAAAAAUCAAACAAAACAAAAAUUGAGGGAAAAAAAAGGGAAGAAAAGAAGAAGAAAGAGCUGAUUGUGCUUGUUAUUAUAGCCCCUAGUUUUUGCCCAUCUCUUUCUGGAUUAAGUAGCAUGAAGCUGUUUUGACUUCAGAAUUCAGACCCCAUAUGAGUAAUCCAGAAUUAUUUUUCUAGUAGUAAAUUCUUUCCCUUAACUGUUGUAGCACUAGUUAUGUGCAUUCCCAGUUCCUCAAUCUAUUCUUCCUGGUUUAAUUCUAUGGACCAUCAUGAGGGGUACAUAUCUUUUUAGGUGAGCCUUUUGUAUCUUCUGCUGUAAGUUGUAACCAUUAUUAUAUAUUUAUGGAUUGUGUUUGUCGUCAGAUAAACAAGCAUGGCAUCAUGUCCAAAUUGUGUUUUCUGGAAAUUAUUAUUAGCUUCCUAGCUGUUAAAAUAUUAGAUGA